GCUUGCGCUAUCGUUGGAUUAUAUGUUUAGUUGUUUUAUUGCUAGCUCUACAGCACAGGAAGAACUGAAUAACACUCAACCAACUAUAGUUUUCAGCACGUGUUAGGGAGUGGGAUUUUUUUUUCUUUUAUUUUUCUAUGAUUAGAUAUAUGAUUUAAACCAUUUAAGAUAAAUUCAAUCUAAUGUCUUAGCUCACUCAUAUGUCUGUUCUUUGUUCCCUUAUGAUGGACACAUCUGUUUCUUGGGUCACAAUGUUCUUUUGUAUCUUAGCCUUAGGCAUUAUCUGUAUGGUCUAGAGUGACCCUUGCACUUAGACUCUGCACUUGUAUCCAACUUAUGUUUAGACUAUAGAACGCCCAGGUUGUCUUUGUGGGCACAGUAAACCAUCUCUUUUAUUAUAACCUGGCUCUCAGUCUCCUGAUGCCUCAAACAUCUUUGUUCUGAUGAAACUACGGUAUUUUGGUCCAAGAUGGCGGCGCGGCAGUAGCACGCAGCACGCAGCGGCCGCUCCGGAUCCAAAAUGGUGCUAUUUUUGUUUUUAGCCAGACUCUUAAAAGGCACAUGGACAUCGCAGCGACCGGUGUACCAUCGCCAGACACUAAUAAGCUACAAAUAUCACGCAACAACCGACUUGCAUAAUGAUCUGCUGGAAAAGCUACUCGAUCUCGGCUUGCUGCGGGGACCAGGCCUUCAGCCCUCGGCGUCGGCUGAUGCCGGUGGCCGGAGGAGGGGAGCAGAAGCGCGGCAAGAGUGCGGGGAUCCGUGCUGGGCUAAAAACAAACCCUAGCCGGCCGGCUCUCCCGUCCAUCCUGCACUCCAGUGUCUGUUGCCUGUACAAUAAAUUGGACCACACCCGACUCCAGCAAACUACGCGGCGUGAGUUUAUAGACUGCUGCGUCUUUGUUUUCACGGAGACACUUAGACAGAGUUCCGGAUACAGCCAUUCAGCUAGACGGGCUAGCCUUGUUUCGUGCCGACAGAAACACAGCUCUGUGCGGUAAGGCUCGCGGCGGUGGCCUGUGUUUACAUCAACACGGAAUGGUGCAGGAACUUGGUGCUAGUUUCUAGUUACUGCUCAACGCUGGUAGAGUUUGUGACCGUUAGAUACAUUUUAGACCAUUUUAUUUACCACGGGAAUUCACCACUGUCUUUAUAAUCGGAGUGUACAUUCCCCCAGUGCUAAUGCUAAGGAGGCGCACUGUGAACUGUAUCGGGCUAUUAGCGAGCUGCAGAAUUCACACCCUGACGGACUGUUUAUUGUUCCCGGAGAUUUCAGCCAUGCAAAUCUCAAGUCAGUGCUGCCUAAAUUCCAUCAGUAUGUGGACUUUGCAACGAGAGGGGAGAUCACGCUGGAUCUUGAUAACACAACAUCCCCGGCGCGUACCGGGCAGAGCCCCGCCCCCACCUCGGCUACUCAGACCACAUCUCUGUUAUGCUAAUCCGAGCAUACAGACAGUUAGUCAGACGCUCCAAACCGGUUCUGAAGCAGGUGAGAACCUGCCCAGCAGGAACCAUCUCUGCUUUUCAGGACUGUUUUGAGCACACUGACUGGCAAAUGUUCAGGGAAGCGGCAACUGACGGCGACUUCACUAACUUGGAGGAGUACACUAUAUCAGCAAGUGCAUUGAUGACGUCACUGUCUCCAAGAUCAUCACGACACGCUCCAUCCAGAAGCUGUGGAUGACUGCAGAGGUGCGUGCGCUGCUGAGGACCCGUGACUCCACCUUCAGAGCAGGCGACAAGAUGACCCUAAGAACAGCGAGGGCCAAACUGUCCCGGGCCAUCAGAGAGGCAAAGCGCGCACACGCACAGAGAAUCCGCAGCCACUUCAAAGCCAACGGAGAAAUGCGGCAUAUGUGGCAGGGCAUCCAGGCCAUCACAAACUACAGGACAACCUCACCUGCCUGUGACAAUGAUACCUCCCUUCCAGAUGCACUCAACAACUUCUACGCUCGGUUCGAGGCACAGAAUGGCAUGACAGUGUGGAAGACCACCCCUCCUCCCAGUGACCAGGUGCUGUGUCUUACCACGGCUGACGUAACCCAUGGAAGGCUGCUGGACCAGACAACAUUCCUCGCAGAGUGCUCCGAGGGUGUGCAGACCAGCUGGCGGAUGUUUUCACGAACAUCUUCAUCACCUCCCUGAGCAGCGCCACCAUUCCAACGUGCUUCCACCACCAUCGUCCCCGUGCCGAAGAAGUCUCCUGUGUCCUGCCUCAAAGACUACCAUCCCGUUGCACUCACACCCAUCAUUGUGAAGUGAGAGGCUCGUCCCUCACUGGAUCCCCUGCAAAUAGCGUACCGUCCCAGCUGCUCUACAGAUGACGCCAUCACCACCACCCUCCAUCUAGCCCUCACCCACCUGGACAAAAGAGACAGAUAUGUUCGAAUGCUGUUCAUAGACUUCAGUUCAGCAUUCAACACAAUCAUUCCUCAGCACUUGAUUAGAAAGCCGAACCUGCUGGGCCUGAACACCUCCCUCUGCAAUUGGAUCCUGAACUUCCUGACUGGGAGACCACAGUCAGUUCGGAUCGGGAACAGCAUCUCCAACACCACCACACUGCUGUUCACCCUGCUGACUCACGAGUGUGUAGCAAUGCACAGCUCGAAUCAUAUCGUCAAGUUUGCCGAUGAUACGACCGUGGUGGGUCUUAUCAGCAAGAACGACGAGUCAGCUCCAUAACAAAGAAAGCCCAGCAGCGUCCCUACUUCCUGUGAAGGCUGAGGAAAGCCCAUCUCUCACCCCCCAUCCUCACCAAGUUCUACAGAGGGGCUAUCGAGAGCAUCCUGAGCAGCUGCAUCACUGCCUGGUUUGGGAAUUGCACUGUCUCGGAUCGCAAGACCCUGCAGUGGAUAGUGGGGACAGCUGAGGUCUCUCUACCCUCCAUCACAGACGUUUACACCACACGCUGCAUCCGCAAAGCCAACAGCAUUCUCUUCAACAGAACUCUUCACCCUCCUGCCGUCUGGCAAACGGUACCGAAGCAUUCGGGCCCUCACAGCCAGACUGUGCAACAGUUUCUUUCCCCAAGCCAUCAGACUCCUCAACACUCAGGGAAAGAUUUACAAGAAUUUUGGUGUCUCUGGUGGGACAGUGAUGUUCUCCGUCCAUGUGCUGUGACGACCCAGAUGACAGACAACAUCUGAUCUGAUCCGGUGAUCCUGUUCCUGUGCUCCUGUGACAAACAUGUGCUAGCACGGGUGAGUGGGUCAUCCUGUCAAAGAACUUGCUAGAUGACGGAAUCAGUUUGAUGAUAAGAGUUCGACUGAUAGGAGUUCAGUUGAAGUUUCUCUGUACUGAAUAAGUUAGCGCUGUUUUAUACAGUAUGUCAACAAGUCAUCAGGAUCCUAAGGGUGUUAGAGAGUCUUCCUCACCAGUUUGAGAGUCAUCAUUGCCUUUUGCUCAUAAUCUCAGUUUUGAAAAAGAGCUAGGGCAAAUAUUAGAUAAGUUGUGUGGAAAGAACAGGACUAAAUUUUGUAAAGAGCUUGGUAUUCCAGAACAGACAGAGUGGAGUAGAGAGCAAUGUUUUUCUGCUUUUAAAGACUUUGCUUUUAAAGCUUUUAAAGACUUUGAGGCAGUGGUGAAGGUGUUCAGGCAGUGGUAUGCUUCUCUAAUACAAAAUAGGGAUAAGAAAAAGUGUGAGAGCGAUGAGAUGAACACCAAGCUGGUGCAGGAGUGUGCCAACAAUAAACGCGGCUCUAUUUCUGCUAUAAAAAAAUAAAAAAAAACCUGUGAGCAAUUUCAAUGCUACAUUAACUCUCCAAGCCAAGACUGAGGUUUUGGAAAAACAGACACUGCCUUCAUCUAAAGCAAAGAAGCUGUAUUUCUCUCUUAAAAGUUUUAAAUGGCAAUCAAAAAUAUGGUCUCCAAAUUACUCAUCACGAUUUAGAUGACCCUGGUUUUGAUCCUGUAGCCAUCCGGAUAGCCCUGAUGGUGAUUAAAGAGCAAAGUCAGAAAAGGACAAGCAGGCAAAAGGAACAAUAAAAUAUCAGCCACUGAGUCCUGAGCAAGUUGAUCGCAUGGCAAAAGAUUUUAAACAUCCCAGAGAAAUGGGCAUGGGUCCAUUCCUGUCUCAGAUGACACGUAAAAUUCAUCUGUACAACUUGCAUCCUUUGGAUGUUAUUUCUAUAUGCUCUCAGAUAUUUCUGCGUGUUGCUGCAUGUGCGUUUCUAAGAGCAUGAAACAGGCUCAGGUAACAGAAACUACAGCUAUGUUGACUCCUAAUGUUAGGCCUGAUGCCUACAUUUAAUAUGACGUUUAUUUUCUAUCCUAUUCUACUUUCCUAUGCCUGGUACGCAGGUAAAAUACCUAUCCUUAUUUUUGGGAUAUGUAGAUGGGUAGUCACCUAGCCAGUGGUUAUGGUAUGUAGGAUAGUACAGAAAGUUUAAUCUUGCUUUAAUGAACGCUUUUAGGGUUGUCCAAAGAGGUGAAUUGGGGGAUUAUUUUUCUAUGAUUAGAUUUAUGAUUUAAACCAUUUAAGAUCAAUUCAAUCUAAUGUCUUAGUUCACUCACAAUGCACAAGUGUCUGUUCUUUGUUCCCUUACGAUUUACACAUGUCUGUUCCUUGGGUUAUAAUGUUUUUCUCUUAUCUUAGCUUUGGGCAUUAUCUCUGUGGUCUAGAGUGCCCUUUGCACUUACACAUCAGUAGAAAAGCCAGCUGUAUCCAACUUACGUUUAGACUAUAAAACACCUAGGUUGUCUAUGUGCAUGCAAUAAAGAUAGAAGAUGCAAUAAAUCUCUUUUAUUAUAACCUGGCUCUUGGUCUCCUGAUUCUUCAGGCAUCUUACUUCUAAUGAUACUUCAGUGAUUUUGUGGUCAUCCAGAAAGAUUUACAAUAUAAUAAAGAACAUAGAAAGAAAAAGAAAAUAGAAAUAGAAAUAGACAUUAGAAAAUAAUAAAAGAAUAUCAGCUGCUGUUGUCAAGUGGCAUAUGAAAGAGGGUUCCUUAGUUCAUUCUUCAGUGUGGAAAAAUAUGUGUGGUUUAAAGCAAGUCCGUGACAUUGCAUCACAGUCAAGAUGUUCUGCUCUACAACAAAAAAUAGACCGCAGUUUAUAUGGACUGCAGGUUUUUAUGCACCUAAAUACAAAGGAAAGAUAUUUGUGAAUAAUUUGAGGAUCAUAAAGGUUUAUUUAAACUUUUUGCCAAAAAUAUAUCCGAAUCCUGUUAUAUCCGAAUAGCCAAAUAUAUUUCACCAAAUAUGCAGCUAAUUGUGAGUAUGCCAUUAAUCUUUUUGCAAAACAUUGUUACUGGAAAACACAAAACCUUUAAAGUAGAGAAAAUAUUGGAUGAAAAAGAACAAAACUGGAAGUACUUGGUGAAAUGGGUGGCACUCCAGAAUUAUUGGCAGGGUCCAAGUGCUUUAUUGGCACCACAAACAUGUCUAGUUAAACUUGUCUGAACAAAUAAUUGUGAUGCCUAAAUAAUAACAAGAGUUGGAAGAGUGAUUCAUUUCUUUUGUGCCUAACAUGCAGUGAGGAGGGAAAAAGCUUUUUGUAGCAAUGUUGUUAGAUUUUGUCCCAUUCCUCUUGGCAAACAUCUUCGAUUCCCCAUCUAGACGAGAGUCCCUCUGAUGGACUUGCAAUUUCAAAAUUGCUUAUCACUCUGAGAGCGCAGAAUCAAAUCUUGUAUGGUGUACCUGUCCAGGGAUGAUUAUCAAAUCAGUUGUACUGACAGGGAUGUUUAAGGUCUUUGCUAUGGCUCUGUAACUUAUUUCUUUCGAGUGUUGCUUAAUAAUAUUGUCCCUGUUUCUUUUGUGUUGAAAGUUUCAGCUGUGGUAAUGGAGAAGGUGAGUAGUAUUUAAUUGUAAAUACUGACUAAUAUUCGGGAUGGCUGAUACCACAGAAUUUUUAAAUCUGAUUCCGAGGUAUUUGAAGACUAGUACCGCAUUAUAAAUCUUUUUAUUAUUGUACUUCCUGAUACCAUUACUAUGUAGUAAUAGACAAAAUCUAUAAAGGUAUCAUUAAUGUAGGAUGUUUGUAUUAAUAAUAGUUUUGUUUCAAUCUACAGGGGUCAAAUGGCAGAACCAAAGAGGAAGCUGUUUAUUUUUCUUAUCAUUUUUGCUGCUUUCAUCAUUUCAAAAUGGAAGGACAUUUUUGAGCACACUGCUGUUUACAUCGCUGGAAAUCUAUAUGAGGGCAGACCAUCUAUAAGCAGUAAUUUGGAUAUACACAAUACCCCCAUAUCUAUGAAGUCUAUAAUCCCCAUUAAAAACUCAAGCCAUUUUGCAGUGUCUGCAUUCAUUGAUCACAGGAUCAGUAAAGCUAUUCGAGUUAUCAGCAUAAUAAAAAGAAACAGCAUGCAGCCACUUUAUUGCCUCUACUGCAACAAUGGCCAAGCUUGCGAGUCUACUAUGGCUAAAAUUGAGAUACACAGCGAUCAUUUUGACUUCCCAUUUGGUGCUUCAGAUGUGCUGUGCCAGGGCAAACACACCCAAAAUGCGACUCACGUCGCCAUUUCAGCUGAAAUCUCUGACAAUAAUAACCCAGACUUCCUGCCAGUAAAGAACAGAGUGAAUAAUGAAUCAUUCAAGUACAACUUCACCAUCUGUAUCUCUAGUCUUUUUGGGGACUACAAUAAUGUUCUGCAGUUUGCUCAAAGCAUGGAGAUGUACAAGCUUCUUGGUGUCCAACGAGUCGUAAUCUACAACACCAGCUGUGGUUCUGACUUGUACAAACUCCUACAGCACUAUGAGAACGAAGGAAUUCUAGAGAUUGUGCCAUGGCCUAUUGACCAGUUCCUUAAUCCAUCUGCAGGAUGGAAUGGCAAAUUGCACAAAGGGGACCUCCAAUACUAUGGCCAGUUGGUAACACUCAAUGAGUGCAUUUAUAGACAGAUGUAUGAGUCCAAAUAUGUCCUGUUGAAUGACAUUGAUGAGAUCAUCAUGCCCUAUAAGUAUGCUAACCUUGCUUUACUGAUGGAUGCUCUGCAACAGGAGCACAAAGAUGUGACUGUAUUUAUCAUAGAGAACCACAUUUUCCCCAAGACACAGUUUGAAGAAAGUGGCAAGUUUCGCAGGCCAGAAUGGAAAAAUAUUCCUGGUAUCAAUAUUAUGGAACACAUUUACAGAGAACCAGACAGAAAGAACAUCUACAACCCCACAAAGAUGAUCAUCAACCCCAGGAACAUGAUGCAAACCUCAGUGCAUUCCAGCCUGCAACACAUUGGAAAGGUCUAUCGGGUUCCUCCUGAUGUGUGUAGGAUCAUUCACGUGAGAACACCACUACAGGGGAGUCUUACCAAGGAGCAAUUAUUUGUUGACACAAGAGUGUGGGACUUUGCACAAGAAUUGAUACCAAAUGUUACUAGGGCACUGAAAUUAUCAGGUUUGUUGAAAAGUCAAGAGUGAUGUGGGUUUUUUUAUGUGGACUUUAAAAUCUUGUCUAAAGUCCUUGCCCUUCGCCUUCAGCAAGUGUUGCCUGCUGUGAUUUCCCCUGACCAGACAGGUUUCAUGACUGGGAGACAAUCUUUUUAUAAUACCAAAAGACUUUUUAAUACCAUCCUUUCUUCAAGUUCCAACACUCCCGAAGUUGUUAUCCCUCGAUGCUGAGAAGGCAUUCGACAGGGUCGAGUGGGAGUAUUUGUUUUUUAUUUUAAAUAAAUUCGGUUUUAGCUCAAAUUUUGGAUUCGACUAUUAUACUCCUCCCCUGUAGCAUCUGUGCACACUAAUGCAACACAUUCUAAAACCUUUCGCCUUUACAGAGGCACACGCCAAGGUUGCCCCCUUUUGCCUCUAUUAUUUGCCUUGGCUAUAGAGCCAUUGGCCAUAGACCCAUUGGCCAUUUGGCUACGAAGUGAGGGAAGGUUUGAAGGCAUUACCCGGUUUGGAACCUCUUAUAAACUGUCCCUUUAUGCAGACGACCUUCUUUUAUAUAUAGCGAACCCCAUUUCAUCAUUGCCGCCAAUCCUCGAGAUUUUUAACUCGUUUGGCAAAUUCUCUGGUUACAAAUUGAAUCUUCAAAAGAGUGAACUGUUCCCUAUCAAUUUACCAGCUGAGACGCUUUCUCAACAUCCUUUCCCUUUUAGGUGGGCUCAGGUCCGAUUCAGAUAUUUAGGCGUAUUUAUGAUUAAAUCAGUUACAGCCAUCUUUAGAAAAAAUGUUUAUUCUUUGCUUGAUGUCCGUAAGGCAGAUAUAGAGAGAUGGUCUUCUCUUCCAAUAUCGCUAAUUGGCCGUAUUAAUUUGGUUAAGAUGACAAUUUUGCCCAAAUUUUUAUAUCUGUUUCAGCAUAUACCCAUUUUUAUUAAUAAGUCUUUUUUUACCACUCUGAAUCAAUCAACCAAUUCAUUUAUUUGGGGCGGAAAAAAUGCGCGAAUUAGGAGAACAGUUCUCGAACUCCCAAAGUCCAAAGGCGGCCUUGCUUUACCAAAUUUUCAGCAGUAUUACUGGGCCUGUAAUAUCAGCAAGCUUUUGUAUUGGACUAAUUCCUCAAGAAUUCCUGAACAUCCAGUCCACCCAAAUAGAAUUAUCAUCCUCUAAAUUUCCCUUCAUUCUAUGAUUUGCUCUCAGCUUCCUAUAAAUAUUAAAAAUGUCUCAGACAGUUUAGUGGUGGCAAAUACUCUUAAAAUAUGGGUUCAUUUUAGGAAGCAUUUUGGGUUAAUCAGACCAUCAGUUCUGGCUCCUAUUGUAAACAAUUUAACUUUUCUACCAUUAUGUUCUGAUCCAGUUUUUCGUGAUUGGUCCUCAAGGGGUCUCGGUACCAUCGGGGACUUUUAUGAUAUCUUUAUCUUUUAUCCUUUACAGAAUUAUCCAAGAAGUUUGAUCUUCCCAACACUCAUCUUUUUCGCUUCUUUCAGGUCAGACAUUUUGUACAAAAUCAGUUUUCCCUGUUUCCUAAUCUCCCUCCUGAUUCAAAAAUGGACACCCUUCUCUCGCUUAGUAAAGACAGACCCUUUUACAGCUCUGUUUGGAAUUCCUUUUAAGCCAAACUUGCCUUCAUCAAUGCAACAGGUUGUUGCUUUCACCACAUUAUUGGCCAGGAGGCUUAUUCUCCUUAAGUGGAAGCAUGCAUCCCCUCCUUCAUUUAAUAAAUGGAUAGAAGAAAUUCUUUUGUGCUUAAAGCUGGAAAAAAUUCGUUUUUCUUUAAAAGGGUCUUUAAAAAGCUUUCAUAAAACAUGGAAACUGUUGUUAAACUAUACUGAUACCAUUGAUCUGUCACUUGAAAAUGCAGAAGAGGAUUAACAAUUUUUAUUUUAUUUUAUUUUAUUUUAUUUUAAUUGUUUUUUUUGUUUUUUUUCCCUGACAUUCACUGUAUCUUUUAACAACUACACUUACAGUGUUAUUGUUACUUGCUCUGGUUUUUGCUGUCAUGGUUGGGAUAUUAGGGGUGGGGGGACAGGGGGAUUGUAAUGGGGGGAGAAAAGAAGAACAGGGGUUUAUUUCAAUUUUGUAAAUGUAAGUUGUAUCUGCACAAAAUGUUAAUAAAUAUAUUUUGAAAAAAAAAA